AUGAGUUUCAAGGCCUCGUCCAACAAGGUCUCUCCUGUAAGCGAUCCGUCGCAGCACUCGAUCAGCCGGUCCGGGAACUCAAACCGCUUUCUGGCUGGGUCGUUCACCAUCCGAAUCUUGCCCCGGAAGGCCAGCUCCAGGAUAAUUAGCCCUCUCAGGGCGUACGAAAUAUUGUCAUUCCAAAACGACAAGUAUCCCUCUUUGUCUUUCAAUCCAAUAAGCAACACCUCCUCCAUCAGAGUCAGCACCGGCACCUGGCUGUUCUUGCUCGAGUCGGCAACGUCAUUAGGAUCGUACGCAAUCUUGUGUUCUCCGGCCUCCUCAAAAGUUCCUGAGGUGUCUUCUGCAGCGGUCGACUGUUUGCCCCGCCGUCUUGAAAGUCCCGACGACAUUGUUUUGCUCAGUUAUGCGAAAUGCCUUAUUACCACGUCCUGUCUUGGGAGUACGGAAAAAACUCAACUGCUCAACACAGUAAAGGACGAUUUGUUGUCUCUUUUGAAAAAGCCCAAGGGAUUUUCGGGCCACGCGCACGACUAG